CCGUGUUUGCAAACCGUCGGCCAUCUGCCGCAGUCACUUUGCUCCAGCGGGAAUGGAAAAUGGAGGAAUGAUCGAAGAGAGAGCGCAAGGGCAUAUCAUCAGUAUUUCUAGUGUGUAGAUGCUGUAACUUUUAACAAAAUCGAUGUCUAGCAUCGAAAACAAAUUCAGUUUGAAGAAGUGUGUUCUGUGCUUCCUGUCGCUGCUGAACUGCAGACACUCAGUUUGAAAGUAGAGAUUGACUCAUCAGCAAUGGAGAAUGUGAGCCCUGAGCUCUCUCUAGCUCCUGUGCCAGAGCAGAGCCAGGACCAUAUGGAUAGCUGCUCUCAAGGUGUUGGGGAAGGGGAUAGCCAACGGAAGGAACCAUUUCAAACCGAAAUUGAGAAUGCGACUGAAGAGGCACUAGAAGAGUCUGAUAAAUCUUCUAAGGCCAACAGUCCAAUAAAGAAGACGUGGGGUUUCCGUCAGUCAACUGUUGCAAAGAGGGAAAUGCCGGUAGAGGCAGCAACCGGCAGCUCUGAAACCCGCUGUGCUGUACGGCGCAGCGGAAGGCAGGCUAAACGUACGGACAAACUUGAGGAAUUCCUAUUGACUGCCAAAAGAGGGACAAGAAAAAGUGCCCCUCCCAGUCUGGAAAGUGGAGAUCCUCCCUCCCAAACCCCGACUGAUGCAGAGACUGCAUCAGAGGCCAGUUUCGAUGGUAAUGCCGAUACCAAGGCUUCAGAGUCUCCAGAAAGGAGGACAAGAAGUAGCACAAGGAAGCAGACUCUACGGAAGACUCGAAGUGGCAGACGGACUAGGAGCGGUGGUGGGGCAACAGUCAGUGAUCAGGGCAGCUCAGAGAAUGAGGACAGCAGAGAUACUGCCAAGGACGACCAGCCGCAAAAUGAUAAUGAGGAGACGAAAGAGGAAAAGAAUGAUUCCGGCCCUGAGGAUGUAGAGGGAACCAAAACAGAGGAGUCACCUCCCGAGCUGGACUCUGACAAGAAAGAGAUCACAGAGGAGAAAGAUCAACAUGAUGAAGAACAUGAUGACGAACAUGAUAAAGUUGAGAUGGAGAAAACCACUGAUGAGGAGAGUGAAGACAAACCUGCUGCACUGAUGGUGAAACGUGGACCAUUGAGAACUUACGUGAAUAAAAAGAAGGCCGCCAAUAAGAACACUGCUCCUGCCAAAUCUCCUGCUCCUGCCAACAAGGUUAUCAUUCCUGUCAAAAGGGAAGUCAAACCAAAAAUAAUCCAACCUGGGAAGAUCCGCAUGACCCACACACAAGAGGACAAUGAUGAUGAGAAUGACUCUUCCUCUUCAUCUUCGUCUUCAUCAUCUCUGGAUUCUGAUGGAGGAUAUGACCCCAAUGCACUUUACUGCAUCUGUCGACAGAGACAUAACAAAAGGUUUAUGAUCUGCUGUGACCGCUGUGAGGAGUGGUUCCAUGGAGACUGUGUGGGCAUCACUGAGGCCCGCGGGCGCCUGAUGGAGAGAAACGGGGAGGACUACGUCUGCCCCAACUGCACUGCUAAGAAAAACCAGGUGGUCAGGCCUGCAACUUCUCUUCUCUCUACAGAUACAGAGGGGGUGAGGAAAGCUGAUGUUGCUUCUGCUGAGAAAACAAACGAGGGCCUGUCAGCUGUUGGGACUGUGGCCACUCCCCCUUCCUCCAUAAUUAUAGGAAGUGAAGAGAAAGGAUCAGAGGACAUUGGCAUCAAAGGCAGGAUUGAGAAAGCUACUAAUCCAACUGGGAAAAAGAAGAUAAAGAUCUUUCAGCCGCAGGUAAUGCAGCAGACUGCCCCACAAAAAGCAGCGCAGAAGGCCAUGGUGGAGAAGAAGGCAGUGCCCACAGCCGAGCAGAAGGCGCUCCCUGACACGGAGCAUAAAGUGGCAUCAAACGUGGAGGUGAAAACUUCACUAGUAGCAGAGGAACAACAACAACAACAGCAGCAGCAGCAGCAGAAGGCGGAGGAGUCCUCGCUUCCCAAAUGCAUCGGGCCCGGCUGUGAGAGUAACGCCCAGCCUGAUUCUGUGUACUGUGGGAACGACUGUAUCCUGAGACACGCCGCUGCAGCCAUGAAGUUAAUCACUGAUGUCAAAGAGCCCACACAGAAGGAAGAGGCUCAGAAAAGCACACCAAAGAGGAGUGCUUCUGGUCGAAGGAAGAUGCGGAAGGCGAGCCGGGAGGAGUCGGACUCUGAUGAAGACUACAGUCCUGAUCCAGAUGAGGACGAUGAAGAUGAGCAUGCUGAAGAACACCCGCCCUCGCCAACCACUGCAUCCUGGUCCAGUGACCAUAAUUACAUUGCAGUAACACCAGAAAAGACUACAUCCAUAUCACCAACAGUGUUAAACAAAAAGUCCCCUCCUAAAGAAGAGAAGCCGAGUGAGAAGGAACAGAAAGACAAAGAACCUGCUGCAGCUUCUGAAAAAGCCUCCCCAGCACCAGUCACAAGAAACAAGAAAUCCACAGCAAACAAAAAAUCCACACCCACUAAGGCAGCCAAGGUUUCCCCAAAGGGCAGAAGGCACAUUGCUCGAGCUUGCAGCUCUAAAUCCUCCAAGAAACCUGAGUCGCCCCCAAAUAAAACUGCAGCAAAGGGCAAGAAAGCAGCCCCAUCAGCCAGCCAUGCCCCAUCCCCUUACCCCCCAGGUCCCAUCCACGUCACAGGAGCCCUGAGGGUUGUCAAGUCUAAUUUCACCAUUCCUAAGAAGCAGCCUCAACAAAUGGACUCGCAUUCUCACAGUUCAUCCUCCUCAUCAUCUAGAGUCUCGUCAUCUCCAGUUUCUUCAUCCUCCUCCACUCAGGCAUCCUCAUCCUCUAGACCCUCACACCCAGCUGCAUCACCCAUGCCGCCUCCACCCAACAACCAGAUGAGACAGAACAUCCGCCGCUCGCUCACAGACAUCCUGUACAAGAGGGUGAGUGACAGCGAUGAUCUAAAAAUGACUGAGAGUGAAGUGGGAAGGUUGGCUGUUGGAAUUGAGAAAGAGAUGUUCAACCUCUGCCUCAGCACUGACAGCAAGUACAAGAACAAAUACAGGUCCCUCAUGUUCAACCUGAAAGAUCCUAAAAAUAAAGGCCUGUUCUACAGGGUGAUAAGUGGUGAAGUUAGUCCCUUUAGGUUGGUGAGGCUAAGUGCCGAGGAACUGCUGUCCAAGGAAAUCUCUGAGUGGAGGAAACCUGAUGCUCCUGAGGCCCAGUCCCCCAGUACUAGAGCCCAUUCAGGACAAUCCAAACUGGGCAACAGGCAUGACUCCAGCUCUCACAGCAUAGAUUCUGAGGACGCUCCGCCUACGUCAGAUGCAGAUGUAUGUAUCGCUGCCACCACUUCAGCUCGCAUGGCUUCUGCUGCAGACCAAGACGAAUCUGGCUCCACUCCCUCAGGUUCAGCUCAGUCGUCUGCUGUUGAUGGUGCCAACAACAUGCUAGACAUUUUCAGUAGCAUGCUCAAAGACACCACGUCAGAACACAGGGCUCAUCUGUUCGAUCUCAACUGUAAAAUAUGCACAGGUCAGAGGACAGAAGAUGAGCCAGCAACUAAGAAAGCCAAACUGACCAAGAAGCCUGAAACAAGACCUUCAACACAAGAUACAUCCAGGUUGGACAAUGCCUCUCAUGUGGUCCAACCAAAGGACUCCACAGCCUACCAGCAACAAGAACUCUUAGCCUAUCCACACUCCCUCCCUUCAUCAUACCAGUCUAACAUGGAUGUCCCUGAAGUGCAGCAGCAGCUGCUUCACCAGGAGGACCUAAGCAUACUGGUCCCUUCAAAUCCGACCCCUGUCCCUGUUGUCUCCACUGUCUCCUCCGUCAGCAUCACCCGCAGAGACCCUCGCAUGGCCAGGCACAGUUCCAGUGUGACUGUUACCUACACUGCUUCAGAAAAGCCCACCAACACCAUAGCUGAAGCUUUCCCUGCUCCUGUUCCUGCUCCAGUGGAGGUUGUUCCUAAGGCACCGCUGCCCAUGCCCCCAGCCUCACCAUCAUCAACGGCUGUCUUAAAAUCAUCCAAAACCAGUACAUGUGAGCCUCCUCCUGAGGGAGAGACGGCCAUUUUCCUCCAUGGUCAAGAAAGGAUUUGGAAAGGAUUUAUCAACAUGCAUUCGGUGGCUAAGUUUGUGACCAAGGCUUACCUGGUCUCCGGAUCCUUUGAACACCUGAAGGAGGAUCUGCCAGACACCAUUCUCAUAGAAGGACGAAUAUCCCCAAAUACAGUGUGGGACUAUGUCGGGAAGUUGAAAACUUCACUCUCAAAGGAGCUGUGUCUAAUUCGUUUCCACCCAGCUACAGAGGAAGAGGAGGUGGCGUACGUGUCUCUUUUCUCUUACUUCAGCAGCAGGAAACGAUUUGGUGUGGUGGCCAAAAACAACCGCCGCAUCAAAGACCUCUAUCUUAUCCCACUGGGCUCAAAGGAUCCUUUACCCUCCAAACUUCUGCCAUUUGAUGGUCCAGGGCUUGAACCAGCUCGGCCCAACCUCCUCUUGGGGCUAUUGAUCUGCCAGAAGGACAGAAAGCGUAGUGGUGCUUCAUUAGAAACUGAGGAAAAACGUUUCAAGGCUCAAACCAAAGAAGUGGACGACAUUGGUCUUCCAAAGCCCCCUGUCUCAGUCAGAGCAGAAAGAAACACACGGCUCAGUGUGGAAAUCCCUUUGAGCACAACUCCUCCAGGAUCACCUCGAUCCACUUCCUUGGAAGCUUCAAGUGGUAUUGUGACAACCUCUUCGGUCAAGUCCCUCUUGGCUGCUGUUACAGCUCCACCUAUCCUCACUACCGCUGGCAGGGACUCCCCACCUUCAUCUAGCUCAAUUUCUUCCUCCGCACCAGUGGCUAAUCCUCUUCAGACCAUCCUCAACACUCUUUUUAGGAAGAAAACACACAACUCAGAUGCUUCUAACUCUCCAUCUGAUCAGGGUGGGGGACUCUCCAUACCAUCAGCCACAAUGCUAGACCCUAUUGUCAAACAGUAUGCACAGACUUCUAAAGACACACCUGAGGAGGAGGAGGAGGAUGAAGAUGACCGACCAUAUGACCCAGAAGAAGAGUAUGACCCCAGUAGAGGUUACAAUGUCCCCAAGAAGUCUGUUGAGUUACUAAGUAAAGCCGAAUAUCUCAAGCAGCCUGAGGUAGCAGCAAGUGAAGCAGAUGAUGUGGCAUAUGACCCAGAGGAUGAUUCCAUUUUUGAUGAUGUGAAACCUCUUGUCCCAAGUCAAACUAAAACUGCUUUCGAAUGUAAACCUGAUCCACAAAAAAUCCUGGACAGCCUCAAACAGAUUGGGGAUCAGGCACUCCAGAACCAGGGAGAUCAACAUGUUUUAUCCAUAGAGACACCUGGUGCUUCACAGACACUGCCAGACACACUAAUACCCCCACCUACCAAAUCUCUUCUGGCCAAUAGUCAACUACUGCAACUCGGCAAACAGGUGGAGGCACUAGUAAAGUCUUCAACAGUUGCUCCCUUGAUCAACCAAAGGAGAGAUCCUCGCCAGAGUAGGGAUCCUCACCAGACAUCCACCGGCUUGAAACUGACUGAUGAACCUGAGGACAAAGAAGAGAUGCCUGCUCUGUUGAAAGGUUCUGCUCCUCCUUCAGAGCCACAGCUUCCUGAUGUUCCUGACCUCCCAGACUCAUCUCGAGCUGAAGAGACAACACAGCCUCAAAAGGAUGUCAAAGGUGAUAGUUUACCCUUCAUGGAGUCAGACAUGGUGUCUAUUCCUUUAUUAGGCGAGGAGGUGGGACCUGAUAUGGAGGUCAACUACAUGAAUGAGAAAGAAGAAAAAAGUGAGGAAGCUGAGCCAGUUGAGACAGAAAAGGAGUUCGACAAGUUCAGUGUUUGGCCAAAUGCUGCCAGCAUUUUAAAAGCCGCCGAUGAAUCUGAUCAUGAGGAGAAUAGCAGAGACACACCAAUCACAAGCUUUUAUAAAGAGACUGAAACAAACAACACAAUAACUUCAGCAAUCCCAGUACUUACUCAGAGCACAAUAGCUGAGACUCAGCCCCAUCACGUAUCACAUCGCAUUUCAGCUUCUAGCUUCGAUAGCGAGUACAGACCUCCAGCUGACAUUCACCCUCCAGCCACCUUUCCCGCAUCCCAUCCAAUGCAAGGACAAAACUUGAUAAUGAGGCCUCCACCAAUGUCUAUGCCACCACCCAUUGAAGGUCUUCCGCCAAUGUCAGGGCCCCCUCCUAUGCAGGGUCCCCCACUACCCAUCCACGUUCCGCCUUCUGCACGUGCUCCUCCUCCUAUGCAAGGUGACGGAAGUCAGCAAUAUGGUCCACCACCAACUUCAUAUCCUCCCUAUCAGAACCAGUGGCGAGGCGCCCAACCACUGCCGCAGCAGCAGCCUCCUCCUGGACCACCCCCUCAGAAUACCCUGCCUCCCAGAGGACCACCACUACCACCAUUCCCUCCUGUGGCCCAAAGAGGCCCUCCUCAAAUGUUUGAUCCCUCCAUUCCCCAUCAACACAUUAGACAACAAGGCCUCCCUCCUGGACUCCCCCCACCCCCUACUUUUGAUAGACAGAGCACCUUACCCCCACCAAGAUUCACAGGUCCACCACCACCUUUUAAUUUCCCUGCAAGCAGAGGCCCCCCCCCUUCACCUUUCACAGUUCCACCCCCUGGACACUUUGAUAACAGGCUUCCUCCUCCAUCCCACUUUCCUGCACCUAGAGGAGCUCUGCCAUCUCAGUACAGUGACUUCAAGACCCAACCUCCAAUGGCAGAGCAACCUCGAGGUCCUGCAGAGCAGUACAACACAGACACCGUCAACUCCUACAAGCUAAAUAUGGACCAGAAUCCAAAUUCUCACCGCAUGUUUAAAGACAAUCAGGCCCUUCCACCAGGUCCACUAUACCGGGGACCUCCAUCAAGUCAAUAUGAGGAUAGAAGAGGUCCACCUCCCAGUGGGGAAAUGAGCGGACAGCACUUCAAUCAGCAUAACCAGUAUGGGAGCUCCAGACCACUCCCCUCACCACCACACCGUGGAUCUUUCGAUGACCUCAGAGUUCCUCUUCCUCAGGAGAGUAGACCUCUUUCCUCUCAGCCUUUUGGAGGAUCAGAGCACUACCGCUUUGAUAGGCAUUCAGAUGAGCCCAGACCCGUUCGUCACAGUGGGCCACUACUGCCAACUCCUCCAGAUAUUUCCAUAGGCCCUCCAAGUCGCAUAGGAGCCCACAGUCCAGACCUACACAGGGACGACCACUGGCGUCACCACUCUCCUGAAAUGAGGAGGAGAAGCAGCUCAACUCAAGAAGAUUUAGAAACCCGUAUUGGAGAUCACAUUAGUCGCUUUGAUGGAGGCCACAGGGAAGCUAUGGGUCCAUCGCAACCCUCCAAUGAGAGACAGAGGGAGCUGUCUGAGGAUCGCAGGAGAGGAGAGCGGGAGGUCCCCCAUGCUGGCAGGCCAUCAUGGGACAGAGGGCAGGUACAGAGGUGGAGCCGAGAGCGAGAAUGGGACCGAGGCAAAGAAAGGGACCGGAAUCAUGAGCGAAGCCGUGAAAGAGACCGCAGCAGAGGGAGGGAAGGCGACAGACAGAGGGAGAUGGAGGGAGAGCGACCUAGGGAUCAAGAGACAGAUAAGAGGAGAGACCAUGAGAGAGACAGGGCCAGGGCCCUCCGAGAGUCUGACAGAAGGGACUUUAACCGUGAAAGAGUGAAAAACCGUGACAGAGAGCGUGAUCGUGAGCAUGAUCGUGACCGUGAUAGAGAGCGUGACCGAGACAAAGACCGAGACCGGGACAAAGAACGUGACCGUGAGAAAGACCGUGACAAAGAACGUGAUCGGGACCGAGACCGUGAGCCUGAACGUGAUCGGGACCGAGAACGUGAGCCUGAACGUGACCGCGACAGAGACCGUGAGCCUGAACGUGAGCCUGAACGUGACCGUGACAAAGAACGUGACCGGGACAAAGAACGUGACCGUGACAAAGAACGUGACCGUGAUCGUGAUCGUGACCGCGACCGUGAGCCUGAACGUGACCGCGACCGCGAACGUGACCGAGAUCGCGAACGUCGCGAUCGGGAGCGAGAGAGGAAGCGGGACAGAUCCAAAAGUAGGGAACGUUCAAGGGAGCGGGACCGUGACCAUGCGAAAGAUCGGGGUAGGGAUAGAGACCGUGACAAGGAGAGAGAGAGGGACAGAGACCGUGACAAGGACAGAGAUAGGGACAGAGACCGUGACAAGGACAGAGAGAGGGAUAGAGACCGUGACAAGGACAGAGAGAGGGAUAGAGACCGUGACAAGGACAGAGAGAGGGACAGAGACCGUGACAAGGACAGAGAGAGGGACAGAGACCGAGACAAAGACCGAGAGCGUCGGGAAAGAAGCAGAAGUCGGGAAAAAAGAGAGGAGAGAAAGGACAGUAAGCGUGAAGCAGCCAAGGAGAGUGAUAAAACUGACAAUGACAAAAAUGUUUCCUAAUUAUGUUCAGACACUCUUCAAUCUCCCACAAGUCAAAAUCACCUCUGUGUUUUGUUUAAUUUCCUCACUUUUUACUAUAAAGUUUGACCAUGUUUGUAUUAUAUCUGUCCCCCAAAGGUUUCACUUCAUUAUGUUUAAGGAACAAAAAAAAAUCUAAGAUGCUUGUGUAGAACAUGUCACUGAGUCCUUUUACAUACUAUCAAAGCAUUUUUUAUAUAAUACAUCAGAUUAACACACCAUUUGCAUUAUGUAAAUAUGAAUAUAAUGUAUUUGUGUACAUAAUGAUGUUUUUAAUCACACUUUUCUAAGUAGAAAAAAGAUAAAAGCCAUAUAUCUGAGAUGGACAAUGUGAAAGGAAAGGCACCACUGUUGUGUUUACAUGCUGAGCAGCUUUGAGCUAAAAGGUAUUAGUUAUUGUAGAAUAAAGCCCAAUUGAUGUUAUUGAAUGUCCUGAGUUUGUUUCAACUCGAAUAAUUAAACCAGUUUGACAUUGA